AAGCAUCCUCAGUAGAUUCCUCUGGUGUGUCCAGAGCAGCAGCAGCGGCCCCUGGAGUGUCCGCAGCAGCAGCAGCAGCGGCCCCUGGUGUGUCCAGAGCAUCAGCCACCCCUGCAGUGUCCAGAGCAGCAGCAGCGGCCCCUGGUGUGUCCAGAGCAUCAGCGGCCCCUGGAGUGUCCAGAGCAGCAGCAGCGGCCCCUGGUGUGUCCAGAGCAUCAGCGGCCCCUGGAGUGUCCAGAGCAUCAGCAGCGGCCCCUGGAAUGUCCACAGCAGCAGCAGCGGCGGCGGACCCUGGUGUGUCCGCAGCAGCAGCAGCAGCGGCGGCCCCUGGAGUGUCCAGAGCAGCAGCAGCGGCCCCUGGUGUGUCCAGAGCAUCAGCGAACCCUGGAGUGUCCACAACAUCAGCAGGGGCCCCUGGUGUGUCCGCAGAAGCAAUAUCGGCCCCUGGUUUGUCCGUAGCAGAAGCAGCACCUGUUGUAUCCAUAGUACCUCAAAUAGCACCAAAAUCUGUGGCAAACUGUUGGAGACUGACACACUUAGACCAUAUAUGUGCCAGCAGGAAUAUCUGGGACUUCAAACUUCACAAAGGACUGGAGACACUGGUUAAUUCUGCAUUGGAUUCCACACAGUCCCCCCAUGAAGCCAUAGGUUCUGUGGGCGGGACUGUAUUGAAAAGGUCGGACUUCAUGUCCUUAGGAUUGGACCAAGAAGUCGAGGCAACAAUAGCCAACUGUUGCUUUUCAAUGAUAUGUAAAAUUGCGGCACAGCAGGGAAAGGAUGUCCAUGCUGUUGAUGCUUAUGUGGUGGCUCUCAAUGCGGACCCAUUGUUGUCUCUACCUUCAGAUGCAGCAUCAAAAGAUUGUAUCCUUUUCCCCGUAUGGAAACCAGGACACUGGCUCCUAUGUGUUCUCAAGCCAAAAGUUAAGAGGAUUCACAUUCUCGACUCCUCUGACCCUAGUGCUCGUGGAGAUAUUGAGUGUUUAUCCAUGAUCAGCAUGCUUGCUACAAGGCUUGUUCCAGGAUCCUGGAUAAUUGCUAGAAAUGAGGAUGUUCCAGUACAGUUUGGGAGUUCUGACUGUGGAGUAUUCAUGCUUAUGUAUGCACUAUAUGUUGCCCAUGAAUGGACCUUCGACUUCACUCAGCAUGAUAUGCCUAGCAUAAGGAGAUGGUGGGUGAACCUCCUGAUCAACAACAUGACACAUGGAAGGAAGAGGAGAUAUGAUGAUAUCACUGGUCAGUGCAUGGAGCAGGAGUACCAGGGCCCUGAACAGGAGAACUCUGAAUAUUUGAUGUCAAAAGAUGAGGAGACUGUAGCUGCCAGGACAACUGGGCACCACUACAGGGACAGCAGAUUAUACCGUGACAGCUUGGAAGCGCAUGGUGCAAUGAACACAGGAACAAGUUUUGCGGAGAUGUUGCACCACCUCCGAUUCUAAACAUGUCUGAAGAGGAGAUGGAAGAGGCAUUUCAGAAACUGGACACCCUCAGUAUACACACUGAUGAGGACGAAAGAUCUGAUGUGCUUAGAAACUUUGGCUUUUCGUUUACUGAUCUGAAAGACAUGGCUUUUUUUUUAGAUAAUGUCAGAGAAAAAAUGGGCAAAAGAGUCUCCUGCGAGUUAAUUUAAGUUUUUAUUUUAAUUCAUUAUUUUCUUUCAAAUUAUUUUCUUUCAAAGCUUACCAGAUGCCUGUGCUGGUUGAUAUCACAUUAGGAGUGUUUUUUUUUUUCAGCAUCUUUUUAUUUCAUUUAUUUAUACUUUUGCAAAAUACUGUUUGUUUUAUUCUGAUUCAUUUAUUCUGUGUUCAAAUAAAAUCCAUUUGUAGAAAGGG